AUGAAGCAGGCGCAUCAAGGCAACGACUAUCUGUUCCAUGGAUUCAACACGGCAGUUCAGGCCAGUGUACGGGCGCUACUAGGGGAUCGAUGGAUUGACAUUGGUAUGAUCGACUCAGUGAUUUUGGCCAAGCAUAAUCAGAUGUUGGCUAUGCUAUUCGUACAACCGCGGAGCUCUAUGUUGGAAACGGCAGACUUGUUGGCAGAUCAGUACGCCACGAAUCCGGAGCUGAUUGAGAGUGUGAUUCAGAACAUUCAAACGUAUGGAGUAUGGGCUAUUAUGGCCCACCACCUCUUUCGGUUGAUAGAUCGGCGUGUCCAAGCAGGGGCUACGGGCGGUGCGGCAGGCUUGUUUAAGAUGGAGAUAGCGAAGGCUGGCACGGUAUCUACGGGUGCUCCGUUGACAGACUUCAAAUAG